AUGGCGCCUGGAGAUCCGUACGAAAGGAAACAUAAACGGUUGUUAGAAUUGUUCAAUGAAGCUGAAACUCCGGAAUCUAGUGAAGAUCCAUAUGCUGAUGAUGGGGAAUACGGGUCCGACAAGGACUACUAUCCUUCAGGCGACGAAUCGUUGAGUUCUGACGAUGCUGCUGGACGCCGCCCACAAAAACACGCUAGUAACUCAUCUGGUGAGUCUUCUUCGUCUAGUGAUUCGGAUGAUAGUGAUAAAACAUUUUGCCCUUCCGAGGACGAACGACGGAAUGAGAAGUUCAGUUACCCAAAACCUUCAUGUUUCGGAGGCGACGUCAUCUGGCAUUCCUUUACCGUCAAACGAUCGGCUUGUAAAUCAAGA